AUGGCUCAACAGCAGGUUCCCCCAGUGGCCAUUCUCGUGGCACAUGAGAUUGUGGAGAACAGCCUGCUUCGGAACGUGAUACUGUUCCUGAUGACGGUUUUGCAGAACGCGUUCAACCUCAAUGGACAUGGUGGUGGGAAUGCAGCUCCUGGAGCUAACGGAGGAGGGAAUCUGAUUGCUGCAGCUAUGGGGAACAACGCCAAUGGCAACGCCAAUGGACACAACAAUGCUGGGAACAACGGCGGCAACAAUGGCAACAUGCCACCUGUCAUCCCCGUCCAAGCCAAUGUCCCACCCCCUGUGCCUGCCCCUGUCCAGCCCAUUGUCCAAGCCCCUGUGCCUGUCGCUGUGCCACCCCCUGUGCCUGCUGCUGUGCCACCCCCUGUGCCUGCCCCUGUGCCUGCCGCUGUGCCACCCCCUGUGCCUGCCCCUGUGCAGCCCAUUGUCCAAGCCCUUGUGCCUGCCCCUGUGCCUGCCGCUGUGCCACCCCCUGUGCCUGCCGCUGUGCCACCCCAUGUGCCUGCCGCUGUGCCACCCCAUGUGCCUGCCGCUGUGCCACCCCCUGUGCCUGCCCCUGUGCAGCCCAACGUCCAAGCCCCAGUGCCCGUCCAAGCUCCCGUGCCCGUCCAGGCUCCCGUGCCCGUCCAGGCCCCUGUGCCCGUCCAAGCUCCCGUGCCCGUCCAAGCUCCCGUGCCCGUCCAGGCCCCCGUGCCCGUCCAGGCCCCCGUCCAAGCCGUCAUCCCUGUCGCCGCCGUCCACCCUGUAAACGCUCAGCCCCAAGUCAACCCUGCACCCCACCCCGUCGCCGUUGCCCCUCAUGCGCCCUUUGUCAUCCCUGCUCCCGCUAACCCUGCCAUCCCCGUUGCCAUUGUGCCGCCCGUUGUUGCCCAGCAGCCCGCCAACGCCGCCGCCAACGCAGCCCCGGGACCCAUCCGAACUUAUACGAUUGAACGGAAUGAGAGGUGGGAAGACGCAGGGAAGGAGACAUCGCUCAGCAUCUUCCAUGAUCAACUACAGCUGAAAUGGUGGGACUGA